AUGGCGCGUCAUUGAAGAGAGACGAUGAUGGCGGCGGUCGGUGCACCAGAAGUGAUCACACAGCUGGAAAGCGCUGCCAAAGUUUUAAUGGCACCACCGUCCAUGGUCAGCACAGAACAGAGGCAGCAUGCUGAGCACAUAUUCCUCUCCUUCAGGAAGUCCAAAUCCCCUUUUGCUGUUUGCAAGCACAUCCUAGAGACCAGUAAGGUGGACUAUGUGCUGUUCGAGGCAGCCACAGCCAUCAUGGAGGCUGUGGUGCGGGAAUGGAUCCUGCUGGAGAAGACCAGUAUCGAGUCUCUGCGAACAUUCCUCCUCACCUAUGUCUUACAGAGACCAAAUUUACAGAAAUAUGUGCGUGAGCAAAUUCUGCUUGCUGUAGCAGUCAUAGUGAAAAGGGGCUCCUUGGACAAGUCCAUCAACUGUAAGGGCAUCUUCCACGAGGUCGGCCAGCUCAUCAGUAGCGGCAAUCCUACAGUGCAGACGCUGGCCUGUUCUAUCCUGACUGCUCUACUCAGCGAGUUCUCCAGCUCCAGUAAGACCAGCAGUAUCGGCCUCAGCAUGGAGUUUCAUGGCAGCUGCAAGCGGCUCUUCCAGGAGGAGGACCUCCGUCAGAUCUUUAUGCUGACCAUGGAGGUGCUUCAGGAGUUCAGUCGCCGGGAGAACCUCAAUGCCCAGAUGUCCUCUGUGUUCCAGCGCUACCUGGCCCUGGCCAACCAGGUCCUAAGCUGGAACUUCCUGCCCCCUAAUCUGGGGCGCCACUACAUCGCCAUGUUCGAGUCCACGCAGAACGUGACUCUCAAGCCCACAGAGUCCUGGAGAGAGGCCCUGCUGGACACCCGCGUCAUGGACCUGUUUUUCACUGUGCACGGGAAGAUUCGGGAGGACUCUGACAUGGCUCAGGAUUCCCUCCAGUGCCUGGCCCAGCUGGCCUCCAUGCAUGGGCCCAUCUUCCCCGAUGAGAGCGCCCAAGUCUCCUACCUCGCCCACCUGGUGGAGGGCCUGCUCACCAUGAUCAAUGGUAUUGAGAUCGAGGACUCUGAGGCUGUGGGCAUCUCCAACAUCAUUUCCAAUAUGAUCACCAUGUUCCCCCGUAGCACCCUUACAGCAUUGCCUAGCGACCUCUUUACCUCUUUCAUCAACUGCCUCACACUGCUCACCUGCUCCUUCGGACGCAGUGCCGCCCUCGAGGAGGUGCUGGAUAAAGAUGACAUGGUGUACAUGGAAGCCUAUGACAAGCUCCUGGAGUCAUGGCUGACGCUGGUCCAGGAUGAAGAGCAUUUCCCACGCGGCUGCUUUGUUCAGCCAGCCGUCCAGGUCUUCAACUCCUACAUCCAGUGUCACCUGGCUGCACCUGAUGGCACACGUAACCUGUCAGUAAAUGGGGUAGCGUCUCACGAAGAGGAGGAGAUUAAUGAGCUGCAGGAGGACGACAGAGAACUAUUUUCAGACCAACUGGCCAGCAUAGGCAUGUUGGGACGUGUGGCCGCCGACCACUGUAUCCCCCUGCUCACAAGCCUGUUGGAAGACCGAGUGACGCGACUCCACGGCCAGCUCCAGAGAACCCAGCAGCACCUCAUGGCCUCAUCGGACCUUGGCUCAGUGGACCGCAAAGUCUUAGACGACCUCUAUGAAGAUAUCCACUGGCUCAUACUGGUCUCAGGCUAUCUGUUAGCGGACGACCCACAAGGCGAGACCCCCCUGAUCCCAUCAGAGGUGAUGGAGUUCUCUAUCAAACAUUCGACCGAGGUGGACAUCAACACCACGCUGCAGAUCUUGGGCUCACCGGGAGAAAAGGCCUCCUCCAUACCUGGCUGCAACCGCACUGACUCUGUCAUCAGGUUACUUUCAGCAGUGCUGCGGACAUCGGAGGUGGAAUCUCGGGCGACCAGGGCCAGCCUGACAGAGUUGCUCAGCCCUCAGAUGGGGAAGGACAUCGUCUGGUUCCUUAGACGCUGGGCCAAGACGUACCUGCUGGUGGACGAGAAACUCUAUGAACAGAUCAGCAUUCCGCUGAGCACUGCAUUUGGUGCUGAUACAGAGGGGGCUCAGUGGAUUGUAGGAUACCUUUUGGAGAAGGUGAUCAGCAAUCUGUCUGUUUGGAGUUCAGAAACAGACCUGGCCAAUGACACAGUGGAUCUUCUUGUGACACUGGUGGAGAAGAGGGAGAGGGCAAACAUUGUGGUGCAGUGUGAGAAUUGGUGGAAUCUGGCCAAGCAGUUUGCCAGCCGCAGCCCGCCCCUCCACCUACUGUCCAGCUCCGUCCAGCGGAGCCUGAUGAAGGCCCUGGUCCUGGGGGGCUUCGCACACAUGGAUUCGGACACCAAGCAGCAAUAUUGGGCUGAGGUGCUGCACCCUCUUCAACAGCGCUUCCUCAACCUGAUCAACCAGGAAAACUUCGCCCAGAUCAGCCAGGAGGAAGCCGUCAAACAGGAAAUUGUAGCCACAUUGGAAGCGUUGUGCGGCAUUGCUGAGGCAACACAGAUCGACAACGUGGCCUCGCUCUUCUCCUUCCUCAUGGACUUUCUGUCCAGCUGUAUCGGCCUCAUGGAGGUUUACCACAACACACCAGAGACCAUCAACCUCAUUAUUGAAGUGUUUGUGGAGGUGGCCCAUAAACAGAUCUGCUACCUUGGAGAGACUAAGUCCAUGAAACUGUACGAGGCAUGCCUGACGCUGCUUCAGGUUUACUCCAAAAACAACCUGGGAAGGAAGCGCAGCGACGCCACAGCCGAAGAGGAUCAGUACCAGGACCUGCUGCUUAUCAUGGAACUGCUCACCAACCUGCUGUCCAAAGAGUUCAUUGACUUCAGCGACACUGACGAGGUGUUCCGGGGGCAGGAGCAGGGCACCCCAGCCUCCAGUCGGACCGUAUCUGCAGCAGACGUGGUUCUCUAUGGGGUCAACAUCGUCCUCCCCCUCAUGUCUCAGGACCUGCUCAAGUUCCCAUCUCUCUGUAACCAGUACUACAAACUCAUCACCUUCAUCUGCGAGAUCUUUCCGGAAAAGAUCCCUCAGCUUCCUGAAGACCUCUUCAAGAGCCUGAUGUUCUCCUUAGAACUGGGAAUGACCUCGAUGAGCGCUGAGAUCAGCCAGCUAUGUUUGGAGGCCUUGUCCCCGCUGGCUGAGCAGUGCGCCAAGAACCAGGACAAGGACACGCCCCUCUUCAUGGCUACACGGCACUUCCUCAAGUUGGUGUUUGACAUGCUGGUCCUGCAAAAACACAACACAGAGAUGACUGUGGCAGCUGGAGAAGCCCUGUACACACUAGUAUGCCUGCACCAAGCAGAGUAUUCAGAGCUGGUGGAGACCCUGCUCUCCACACAGAGGGACGCAGUCAUCUACCAACGCCUAGCUGAUGCCUUCAACAAGCUGACGGCCAGCAGCACACCUCCCACCAUGGACCGCAAGCAGAAAGUCGCCUUCCUCAAGAGCCUUGAGGAGUUUGUGGCCAAUGUGGGAGGCCUACUCUGUGUCAAAUAACCACUGGAAACUUGUCUCAUCAUCCUCCGCUCGUUGUUUUUGUUUUUUUCUUUUUGACAAGCAACCCCUAACCUGCCUCAAAAAAACUGAGUAGAAAAAAUGACGCAAUGCCUCGAGGCGCCGGUAGUGGUCUCGAAAAGCAUUGUCUCUCUACCACUAGGGGGGACCCCUUAUUGAUCUUCUAUUUGGCCCCCUUUAUGACCCACACGUGUUUUUCUCCCCAGCCUUCUCCUUGCCCCGCCCCCACCCAAACUACUAGCCUAUCCACACAGACAGACAUCAGUCUAACUUGCUGAGUGACCUACAGCAAAUCUACAGGGCAGAUGGACUCUUAAUAGGAACCUGCCCCACCAGACAGACUGACAAGAGUGCCAGCGAUGGGAGGAUGAGCUGAUGGUGAUCAUGUAAAUGUCAACCUCUCUCAUUACCUCUCACCUCUCUGGAGGUUCCUAGAGAAUGCACACGCAAAGGGGUCGGGGUUCAUUUAGAGACAAGAAGAAGGGGGUGUGAGUCGUCAACCAUGCUAAUGAUUUGGCCACAGAGUUUUCUCUCUUCUCUUAUCCAGCUACUGUUUACUUUUCCCUAUGGAAGGGCGCAGAUGUAGUUGGAAGGAGGAGGGGCAGUUUUGUCCCAAAAGCACCUCAGUGCCCCUCCUCCUCCUCAGAUUGCCCCUCUUUUUUACCUUAGCCCCACCACUACACAUGUGCACACAUACAAACACCUCACCCCAGCUGUAACCCUUCCUGGAGUGCCUUUGUUUUUCUCGAUUGUUCAGUGUGUGUCAACUCCCGUUCUGUACACGCGGCGAGCUGAAACAUGUCUUACUUACGGUGACUUUUGUGCCUGCAGUGCACCAAGUUUUUGGUGGAUGCACACACAUACAAAAAGUUGCCAUGACGGCAAAAGAUUGGCCCACUUGGCUUUUCUGGCAGGGGGGGGUGAUGAAUCAGCACGGGAGGGCAUUUGUUGCUGAUGAAAGAAACCAAAUCAGAUUGUGCUCAUUAAAGGGUGUAUAUAUGUUUUCAUGAACAAUGGGAAAAGUCUGUUUGAAAAAUAAUCAGACAUGACUGAAGUUUUUAUAUAAUAGAUGGCGGGAGAAAUUAACAUUUUAUGAAUUCUUCUUGAAAAGGGGGGAAUUUUCUAAAUGUGGACUUUUUGUUGUGUUUUGAUUUUUUUUUCUUCUUGCUUUCUGGAUUGUGCGACACCCCACCCCCAAGUAUGGUUUAAUCUGACUGCUAAGCAAUGGGACACAAUGGAAGGCGCCUCUAAAGUAAAGCCAAAAAAGGAAUGGAAGAUUUAGCAAACAUUUUAGCUAUAUUUUUCUACAUCACAUCCACUCAACACUUCAAGACACUGGAUUGAAGCAGAGACCCUAAGUUUAAGGACAGCAAUAACAAACCAAAAAAAGGAGCAGAGCCACUUACUGAAGCAUUAUGUUGGAGACACUCACUUACCUCCCUGUUCAUAGCACUAUCCUGGUUAGUUUAGAAUGGCUGAAUGAUUUGUUAAUGAAGUGUAAAAGUGUACAUAAACUUAUUGUAUAAAAUGUUCUGGCCUCUGCUUUUUUCUUUGUUUGUGGUCUGCUGUAAUGUCUUUUCUCUA